CGCGGUGUGGUGGUUCUUAGGCUGCUCGUCUCCCACUACAGGAGCCUUUUUUAUGCGAUUCUGUCCCACGGCCCUUGUUUGCGUCCACCUGAUCGAUGUAAUACUUACACUCCGCGAAGUACUCCCCACAUGGUGGUGAAAACAUGACAGACGACUUGAUCUACAGUUUCCACACGAAGGAGUGCUCAGAGCUACGGAAAAAUGACUUUGUCUUUGUGAAUGGUCGUCCAUGCCAAAUUUCCAGCAUAAGAGCAACCUCACUUCAAGAGGGGUGUCAAAAAGUCCUGAUAGAGGGAGAUGAUAUCUUCUCGGGUGACCGCAGGGUGCAAGAGUUUCUGUCUACGGAUAUCAUGGACAUUCCUGUCGUUACGGCGACCAAGUUUCAUUUGAUUUCGAUACGAGGCCAAACUCUUUGUCUAACCUCGUCGGAUGGCUCUGAGAAGAACGAUGUCCCUCUUCCGAAAAGUGCUCUUGGGAUGAGGAUUUUGGCGGCUGAGAAAAGUAGGGAGGAAUGCGUGAUUUUUGUUCAGUCGGUGAUGGGCGAAGAAGCUGCCGUUGAUAUGGAGAUUCUUUGAAUAAAUCAUUCAUUGUAGGGCUGAUAUUACCUUUGAAGGACUGUUGGGAGAC